AUGAAAUCCACUUUGAUAUACUAAGGUACACGAGAUGGAUUCAAUGGAUAAUCUUUUUGGAAGGCAAGUUAUAAUAAAGAGAGUCUACUUACGAUUAUUUAAUCCAAAAGUGAAUAUAUCUUUGGAGCAUAUUCUCUUUGCAAAUGGGUACCUGGUCAAGGUUAGACAGCAGAUCCUACAUAUGCAUCUUUUUUAUUUUCAUAAACUCAUAAUUUAGUCUAUCCUUAGAAGUCGUGUGCAAGCGCAAUUUAUUGUUCUUUUAGUAAUGGACCUGCAUUUGGAGGAGGUCCUGAUAUUUGGAAUGUGGAGAUUUUAUUGAUGACUUUUCUAGAUUAGGUCACACCUAUCAGUUUAAUUAAUAUCAAAGUGGAAAAAACAAUCCUCAUUCGUUAGGAUAAAUUUAGUCAGAAAUAAAGGAAUGCGAAUUUUAUGAAAUAUAAUUUAUUUGAAAUUGAUAGUUGA